GUGGUGGAGGCGGAGUACAUUCUGGGUAGUUUGUCCGUUGAGUUUGGUCUUCGUCAUGCAUCGUCGCUUCGAAAGCGUGAUGUGAAUAAGGCUCUGGCAGCCUGCGAGUUCAAGGAAACAUGGAAGUUGUACGUACUCUCUAUGCCCGUGGAAGACACAGAUGGAAUGGCUGUUCCGCUGAGGGCAUACGAAGAGGCCUUGCCCGUGUCAGUUGGCGACGAUGCCGAUACCGUGGUAACACAUCACCGUGUGCGCUUUGAUGGCGAUGUCUGGGGACUUGUAGUGGAGCACAGACGUGCGGAGCUUGAGCGGGCAUUUGACACGGACGUGUGUGAUGCUGUCGGGAUUCCCAGAGGCUCGGUGGUGGAGGCGGAGUACAUUCUGGGUAGUUUGUCCGUUGAGUUU